AUGGGUGCCACUAACCACAGCCUCUCGUCCUCGCGCCGGAAGUCGCGCAAGGCGCACUUCAACGCCCCCUCCAGCGAGCGCCGUGUUAUCCUCAGCGCCCACCUGUCCAAGGAGCUCCAGGCCAAGUACAAUGUCCGCUCGAUCCCCAUCCGCCGCGACGACGAGAUUCUCGUGCUUAGGGGCUCCCAGAAGGGCCGUGAGGGCAAGGUCACAAGCGUCUACCGUCUGAAGUGGGCCAUCCACGUCGAGCGUAUCGUCCGCGAGAAGAGCAACGGCCAGAGCGUCCCCAUCCCCCUCGCCCCCUCGAACGUCGUCAUCACCAAGCUCAAGCUUGACAAGGACCGUGAGCAGAUUCUCGAGCGCAUUGGCAAGGGUCGUGAGGCCGUGAAGAGCAAGUCGGCUUAA